GAAGGUACUGUGCCAGUGGAACUCCCCUCCGCCAACUCAACCACCAUCACCUGUCUUUAACAUCGAUGACAAGACCCUAGCAAUAGUCCCAGACUUCAAAUAUCUUGGGAGCAUCCUCUCCGAAAACUGCAGCAUGGACAAUGAUGUUCAAAAUCGAAUAAGAUCUGCCUCAGCCUCCUUUGGUAGACUGCGUAAGAGGGUGUAUGUGAACAAAGACCUCAGCAUACGUACUAAGGUGGCAGUCUACCAAGCCAUCUGUGUCUGCACACUAUUAUAUGGCUGUGAAGCUUGGACCCUGUAUCGCCGCCACAUCCAACAGCUGGAGAACUUUCACAUCAAGUGUCUCCAGCGGAUCCUUGGGCUGACAUGGCGUGAUCGUGUGCCACACACGGAAGUCCUGAGUAAAACUGGUACCAAGAGCAUGGAGGCCACUUUUCUCCAGUACCAACUGCGAUGGGCCGGCCACACCAUCAGAAUGCCAGUUGAUAGACUUCCCCGACAACUGCUAUAUGGUCAACUUCAUCAUGGCCAGAGAUCUGCAGGAGGCCAAAAGCGGAGGUAUAAGGACCAACUGAAAAUAACUCUCAAGAGGUGUGGAAUACAGCACACACAGCUGGAAAGCUCUGCCUCAGAUCGCCCUCUCUGGAGGCAACUCUGCCAUGCAGGCCUUCAACAUUUUGAAUAGGAGAGAAGCGCAGCGAGGGAAGGGAAACGCCAGAGGAGGAAGAUGGGCCCUGCAGCCAACACCACAACAAACACUAACUUCAUAUUCCCCCAUUGCAAUAGACCAUGUGGCUCUCGUAUUGGACUUUUUAGUCACCUCAAAACUCACCAAUAGAAGAAGUGGAAGUCAUCAUCGGAUACGAUGGACUACCACAAGCAAAGUUCCUCAAAACUGCCCACGUACAUAUAAGCUGAUGGCAUUUGACCCUGAUGGUGACCGAGUCCGAUGCAGAUAUGGAAAGCUUUUCAAUACAGAAUGCAGCUCCUGCAGACAACCUGUGGGCUUUCAGUUGGAUGAGGACACGUGCACUUUGUACUACAACAACAUGUAUUCUGACUCCAGAGUUUUUGGAUUUGAGUUAGUGGUGGAGGACUUCCCCCAACAACCCAUCACACUUGUCUAUAGUGAUGGAUCCCAUUCUUACAGGCCAUCGUUGGCUGUCAGGAGAAAGAGAGCAGUAACCUCUUUUGAUCAUUGGACCACUCCUCAAAGUACCACUAGAUAUACUACAUUGCAUCCGUGGUAUGUUUCAACUCGCAAUUUGAAACCGAAAACCCCACACCCAUGGGGAAGCUGGUCUACUGCAACACCACACCCAUGGGGGCGCAGUUCUACUACAACACCACACCCAUGGGGGCACAGGUCUACUGCAACACCACACCCAUGGGGGCGCAGGUCUACUACAACACCACACCCAUGGGGGAGCUGGCCUGCUACAACCCCAAACCCGUGGGGGCGCAGAUCUACUCCAACCUCACACCCAUGGGGGGGCUGGUAUACUACAAAACCACGCCCAUGGGGACACAUGUCUACUACAACCCCAAACCCAUGGAGGGGCUGGUAUACUACAAAACCACGCCCAUGGGGACACAUGUCUACUACAACCCCAAACCCAUGGAGGGGCUGGUAUACUACAAAACCACGCCCAUGGGGACACAUGUCUACUACAACCCCAAACCCAUGGAGGGGCUGGUAUACUACAAAACCACGCCCAUGGGGACACAUGUCUACUACAACCCCAAACCCAUGGAGGGGCUGGUAUACUACAAAACCACACCCAUGGGGACACAUGUCUACAACAACCCCAAACCCAUGGGGAAGCUGGCCUACUACAACCCCACACCCAUGGAGGACCUGGCCUACUACAACCCCAAACUCAUGGAGGACCCGGCCUACUACAACCCUAAACUCAUGGGGAGGCUGGCCCACUACAACCUUACAUACCACAGCACAUAGAGCCACUACAAGACGCAUCAAUUCCACAUCAAUUCCACCACUUGGCAAACUACCUUUGCAAUUCUCUUUGCUGGUGGACCCCCCUGUUCCUUCAUGUCAAGAAGGACUCUACCUACCUAUGUUUGUAUACCCAACACCCCGAAAUGGAGAAAGCAUCCAUGCAGAGGUCAACAAGGAAGUGGAGAUUCGGGUCAAAGCACUAGCUAGCUAUGCAACAAUACAUGACAUCAUUACGAGUGGGCCAGUGAACACCAAUAAGUACAGAACCACACAUGAUGAGUUUGUCAUAAGGUGGACACCCAGGCCUGGUGACAUGGGUGGACAUUACCCACUCUGUUUUGCUGUUGAAUCAAUCAGACAGUCUGCUCACACCACAACCACAUCCUCAUAUCAUUCUUAUUACGGCCCCUAUAGCACCCCUUUACAAUCAAGCGUUUAUCAGUCUGAAAUGAGGUGUGUUCUUCUUGACGUUCGGAACGAGACAAUUAAAGCUACGGUGACCUGUGCUGAGUCCAACAUGACGGUCGCAAUUAGGAAAGCUUCACUCCGUAGAAUACAUUUGGAUCAGCUACAGCUCAGUGAUUCAUCCAAUAUUGAAUGCAACCUCCAAAGACACUCCAACAGCACGCAUGUUGUUGCCGUCAUCCCCCUCAACUCUUGUGGCACUCAACUGGAGGAGGAUGAUGAAAAUCUUAUUUUUAGAAAUGAGAUUACCACAGUGGACAACCUCCAAGACACAAUCACAAGGAAAAACAGGUUGCAACUGGAUUUCUGCUGUCAGUAUCCCAAACGAGGAAAUGUGACGCAGAGUUUCAGUGCACACAGAAACAAUACGACCGUUUGGGAAAAAGGCUUUGGCGUUUUCACAUACCAGUUCGAGUUUUACACAAACUUGGGGUAUCAAAUAAUGAUUAGUCCAACUUUUUACCCUCUGGAAUAUGAACUAGGAAGCAGGAUUUACAUGAAAAUAGAAGCUGCUACUGCAAUCAACAACACAGAGCUUUUUGUGGAAUCAUGCAGAGCUGCCCCAUAUGACAACCCAAACUACCACCCGACCUACACUAUCCUUGACAAUGGAUGUAAAGUGGAUUCUACACUUCAGAUCCAUGCCUCUCAUGAGCGGGAAUUCAGGUUCAGCAUUGAGGCCUUCAAGUUCAUUGGACUGCACGAUCAGGUGUACAUCAGCUGCUCAGUGCUUGUAUGUGAGGCGGGGGCACCCAACACCAGGUGCUCCAAGGGAUGCAUCAACUCCACGUGGACGGGCGAAGAGCACCAUCGCAAAAAGCGAGAGGCUGUCAUCCAGAGUGCCAACCACUUUGUUUCUCAAGGUCCAUUGCGCCUCAGGAGACCAGCAGACAGUGAUGGAAGCAGAGAGCUGAAUUUGAAUCUGAACCUGGUAUUCAUCGCAGGAUGUCUUCUGGCAGUCAUUGGCAUGAUCAGCACCGUGGUCGUGUACAAAGCCAAAAUGUCAAGAAUUAAAUAUCAACGUUUGCCAACACUUGAAACUUAAACACAUAGCAUUAGAAGAGAACGACUUUAACAACUGUUGACAUCUCUUCUUAAAUUUUGAUUGUGUUUGAAAUCAGAUGUAUUUGGGCAUGCAAAUUAGGUUGGGGUGCAUACACUAUACAAUAUAUGAUAUACAUAUGGUGUGAAUAACACAACUUUUAAUACUCAUUUGUCAUUUAUAAAAUACGACAAAUCAUAAUCUGAUUGAUUUAUGUCAUUGUUAUCACAAAGGAAAUCUUAAUAUAGGCAUAUUAGUCUACAUUUGUGCAUGCUGAAAAUCCUCAGAUAAGUGAACACAAAGCACAUGUUAAGAGAUUUUGGUUGUAAAAGUAAAAUACAGCUGCACUACAGGUGUUGGUUAAGCAUGACAUUGUGAUAUUAAAAGUAAGGGCAGUAAUAUCAAUGGAGAGAUCUUUCUACCAGGGGAGGGUGAGUUAACGGGAACACUGAAUCGCCGGGUCUCGAAUCUGGGUCCUCCUGAAUAAAAGACAAGUAUGCAAGGCACAGAGCUAAAAACACAAGCCGGCAACUUGGUUUUAAGUGCAUGUUCUUCAGGUGUCAGGAAGUGGGGUUUACUAACGUACACACUGGCUGGCCUCCAUUACAGAUGGAAUGCAACUUUAUUGUCACUGCACUUAAAAAGUACAACCAAUUUGUUUACAGUACAAGAACAGACAUACGGUAGACAGGGGUAAAGAAAACGGGAAGACUGAUGGGUCGCCACAAGGGCGGCGCCCCGUAGAAAGGUAGGAAAAAGAGAAAACAUGGGGUGGUAAAAAAAAAGGAAAUCCCAAACAAAGCUUUAUUGGGUAAAGGGGGCUCAGAUAUGAACAUAUUACGACACAAAAAACUCGAGACUUGCAAUUGGGGAGAGGGAGGAGGCAUCUGACCCAAAAAUGCUGCCACCAUGUGCACUGCUUCGUUGUCAAUCAUACCGUGGGGGGUGAACCGAUGAAGGCGUGGGAUGUGGGGGAUGGGGUACGUGUGUGUGUGUGUGUGUGUGGCAUGUAUUUUCCGUGGAUGCUAGUGUGAGUUGCUUGUCUUUUGACCUUGGUGCUUGCAGAGAUUCAUCGCGAUAACACAGCCAGUCAGUCCAACAAAAGUCAACCACCAACAGGUGUAUGUCCAUGAAAGACGGAAAAGGGAAUUUGGAGCUGCAUGGGAAAACGUGUAAUCGAUCAAAGUUUGUUUGAACCCUUGUUUGACCAUCUUUAAAACACACUUUACACUGUACACUGUUGUGUUCAUUAUGUUAAAGGACAUAUGAUUAGAUCUGCUGAUAUAACCACCAACAAGUGAACAGUGUUCAUUAAAAACUAUAGACAAUAAUUAGAAUAACAGAUUGUUUGUUUAAUUUCAUCAUAUCAUCAACAUAACAUUUAAAAUAAAUACUGAACAAAGAGGAGCAGAAAGAAGUAAAACUUAUAUCUGCCCCCAUUCAUACAGUUACGUUUGUUGUUCAACUCAGAAGACCAGCUAUAUAUAUUCGUAACAUACAUAUUUUAUAACAUACAACAAAAUAACUAAACAUGAAAACAAAAAUCUACUCUAAGUCAUAUAUUUUCAUCAUCAUGAUUUUUAAAUUUUUUGAAUACAGUAUGAGAUUUCGAUUUGUUUUAUUUCACUGUUAAGAUUGUUUUAUAAACUAACACCUUUGAUUGAAAUUACUUUUUCCUUUAAAAUGGGUUGUACUUGUAUAGCGCUUUUCUACCUUCAAGGUACUCAAAGCGCUUUGACACUACUUCCACAUUUACCCAUUCACACACACAUUCACACACUGAUGGAGGGAGCUGCCAUGCAAGGCGCUAACCAGCACCCAUCAGGAGCAAGGGUGAAGUGUCUUGCUCAGGACACAACGGACAUGACGAGGUUGAUACUAGGUGGGGAUUGAACCAGUGACCCCCGGGUUGCGCACGGCCACUCUUCCACUGCGCCAUGCCGUCCCUGUAAACCUGUUCUAAAUUUCAGUUUAGUAAAGAGCUCAGUUUCUUUUACAUUGUAACUACUUUCUCUUUUCACAAAUCUGUUUUGAAUGUUGUUUGGCAGAAUUUGUGUAUGUGCUUGGUACAUGAUUUUUAGGAUUUUGUACUCUAUCAUUUCAUUAAAUUUCAAUGACUGUUUGAA